AUGACUCAAACACCUCAAAGUACUCACUUUGAUAGGUAUGCGUCACUCGUUAAUAAUAGAGAAGAUAAGAUCGAUGAAGUCGGACAAGUCGCACAACGACUGAAGGAGACUUCUAUACAUAUCGGACAAGAGUUGGACACACACGCUUUGAUUAUAGACGAAGUCAACGAGAAAACGCCACUAGUCAAUUCUAAUAUUCAAAGCGCAAACGCGAGACUUAAAAGAUUAAUACUUCGAGACGAUGAUAAGAAGAUGUGGGCUAUCAUAUGUUGUCUCUGUUGCAUUCUUCUUCUUGUUAUAUUUUUAGCUAUCAUCUUAUAA